AUGCGCAAGCUCUCCCGCAGCGGCACGGCCGCGUCCACCACAUCCUCCAACGGCGAAUCCCCCACCACCAGCGUCGUGCCGGCCUCCCUCGCCGACCCGAGCCUGCCGCUGCCGCGCCUCAUCGUCUUUGACCUCGACUACACGCUCUGGCCCUUUUGGGUCGACACGCACGUCACCCCGCCGCUCAAGGCCAACGGCGCGCACACCGCCGCCGCCGACCGCCACGGCGAGGACUUUGCCUUUUACGCCGACGUGCCCUCGAUCCUGCAGCUGCUGCCGCGCGCCGCAUCGCCGGAGAACCCCAUCAAGCUCGGCGUGGCGUCGCGCACGCCGACGCCGGGCAUCGCCCGCGACCUGCUCAAGAUGCUGCACCUGCCGGGGCCCAAGGGGAAAAAGGCAGGGGACGCGUUUGACGCGGGCAUGGAGAUUUACCCGGGGAGCAAGAUGAAGCACUUUGAGGUGCUUCACAAGCGCACGGGGAUCGCGUACGAGGACAUGCUGUUCUUUGACGACGAGAGCCGGAACAUGGAGACGGAGAAGCUGGGCGUCACGAUGAGGCUGAUACGGGAUGGCGUGACGUGGGGGGAGGUUGAAAAGGGCGUGGAGGAGUGGCGAAAGAGAAGGGGUUACAAGAAGAAUUGA